AUGCUUGUCAAGUUUAUCUGCGCUGUAGUCACCAGGGCGUUGUUUAUUUUAGUGUCUCUCAUUGGUGUAUGGAGGGUGACAUGGGUUAAAAAUAACAAUUUAUAUCGGUUUCUGUCUAUCCUCUAUCUACCUCUCGUGGCGGAAAUGAUUUUAACUCUGAGAAGAAGAAAAGGGAAGGAUUACAAUUGGUUUUCUCCAGCAAUAUUGUUUUUCCUCAUCAGUAUCAUACCAACCAUAUGGAUCCUUGAGCUGCACCAUCAGAAAAACAAAUUAAGUGAUACUAAGUGUACUAAUCUGGAUUCAUCUGAGAGCAUUCAAGCCUUUCUUGAUGAAUGGAGAAAUUUGACCAAUGGAAGUGUGAGUCAACAGGACCCUCUGAAAUUUUUGUCAUCGGUUUGUGCCAAUUACUGGAUCCUGGCCCUUCAGCAAAUCGUCCUGAUCCUGCUGAUAGUGGGGAAGUGGAUGCUACCGAUCGCUGGAGGGGUCACCAGAGAUGAAAUAUCCCAGCUGUUGCUCAUCUUUGUGGGCACAACUGCUGAUAUCCUCGAGUUCAUCAGUGAGACGCUCAAUGAUGUGGAGGAGGACAGUAUACAAUUUGUGUGCGUUAUUCUUGCGGUCUGGACAUUGAGCAUGCUACAGUUUCCUUUGCAUUUCUCAGUAGUGAACACCAAACCUGAAGAUUUUUGUGAAGGCCAGGAUGGUUCUCUCAUCUCCAAGUUCAGGACAGAUAUAUGGGACAUUGCGGGAACUAUUUUUCUUCAAGAUGGCCCCUUCUUUGUUGUCCGACUUGCAGUUAUGAUUUAUUUUUCUGACUUUCAUCAAAUGCUGGUCUUCUUUACCAUUAAGAACUUCCUAGUAGUGUUGAUUAACAGUUACAGGCUGUGGGUCAUUUGGAUAGAUAACAAGCCUUGA